CCCCGCCGCGCUGGGGGGAGGCGGAAGCGCGCGCGCGCGUGUCGUGCCGCCGCUGCCCGGAGUGUGUGGGGCAGAGCCCGGGACUGGCCCAGCCCGGGCUGCUGCUCCCCAAGCCCUGCCGCUGCUGAGUUACCGCUUGGGCAGCUGCCCAGUGCCUUCCGCAGCUCCGGGCAUCCUGCGGGACGAACAGUAUAUCCUCUUCCCGAGUUCCCCCCAGCUGCCUUGGGGAAGGAAGGCGGUGGUGGCGGCCUCGGGAGGGCAGCCCGGCUGUCGCUGGCCCGGCCUCCGAGCGCGGCGUCUCCUCUCCCUGCUGGGCUCUGAGCAGCGCCGUCUGUAAGUAGCAGCCGUGGUCUGUGCCAGGUGGUUGUAAAGUCCGUGUGGCUGCUGGGUCAAGCAGCCUGGCAAGAACUGUGCAGCUGCUGCUGAGAAGGCAAAGGCCGGCGAGGUUUGAAAGGAGCUUGUAGCUAGGUCGGGCCCGGGCUCUCCUCCCAAGCACCCAGCCGGAGGACAAGAGGACAAAGCCUCAAGAAGCACCAGGGGAGUGCAAGGUUGGACAUCAGUUGAUUCUUCAAGAGGCUCAUCUCAAAGUAUAGCUUAAAAAAGCUUUGCGAAUAGUGGAAGAAAAUGUCACAUAAAAACUCUAAGGUAAUCAAGAAAGUAAACAUUUCUAGCUCCUUGGAAUCUGAGGAUAUCAGCUUGGAAACCACAGUACCAACUGAUGAUGUUUCUUCCUCUGAAGAGAGAGAAGGUACUGUAAAAAUCACUAAGCAGCUGAUCGAACGGAAGGAGUUGCUCCAUAACCUUCAACUGCUUAAAAUAGAAUUAUCGCAAAAAAACUUGAUGAUUGACAACUUGAAAGUUGAAUAUUUGACCAAGAUUGAGGAGCUGGAGGAGAAGCUUAAUGAUGCAAUCCAUCAAAAGCAGCUGUUGUCUUUACGACUGGAUAGUCAGUUGGCAUUACAGCAAGAAGAUGCCAGGAAACAUCAGGCUCUAAUGAAGCAAGAAAUGGAAACUAUUUUAUUGAGACAGAAGCAAUUGGAAGAAACAAAUUAUCAGUUGAGAGAGAGGGCAGGAGAUAUCCGUCGUAGCUUGCGAGACUUGGAAUUAACAGAUGAAUGCUAUGAGAAGCUAAAGUCUCUUCCUGAAGAUCAGCUUUCUAUCCCUGAAUAUGUUUCAGUCCGAUUCUAUGAAGUAGUCAAUUCCUUAAGAAGAGAGCUAAGUGAUCUACAAACGAAAAGGGAGAGUCUGACAGAAGAACUAAGUGGGUACAAAUCCCAACUAAAGUGUCUGACAGAGAGCUAUGAAGACGAGAGGAGGAGUCGGUCAGAGCUUGAGGUCAGAUGCCAGCGUUUAACACUGGAACUGGCUGAUACCAAGCAGUUGAUUCAGCAAGGUGAUUACAGACAGCAGAACUAUGAUAAAGUAAAAUGUGAACGUGAUGUAUUUGAGCAUGAGUUGUCAGAACUCAGAAGAAACUAUGAAAUACUGGAGGUGUCAUACAAAACACAAACUAAAGAAAGAAAUGACUUAGCAAAAGAGCUGGCAACCAUACAACAAUCCCUCAACUUGUUACAAAAAGAUAAAGAUUACCUUAAUCGUCAGAACAUGGAGCUUAGUGUUCGCUGUGCACAUGAAGAAGAUCGUCUUGAAAGACUACAGAUUCAGCUAGAGGAUGCAAAAAAAGCUAGGGAAGAAAUGUAUGAAAAAUAUGUUGCAUCCAGAGACCACUAUAAAGCAGAAUAUGAAAAUAAACUGCAUGAAGAAUUGGAACAAAUAAGGCUGAAAACAAAUCAAGAAAUUGAGCAUCUAAGAAGCACCUCAAAAGAGAUGUAUGAACGUGAAAACAGAAAUUUGAGAGAAGCACGAGAUAAUGCUGUUGCAGAAAAAGAGAGAGCAGUUACUGCUGAAAAGGAAUCUUUAAGAAAAUACGAUCAACUCUUAGAACAGUAUAGACAAAUGCAACUUGGCACAGAAAGCAAAGUUGCUGAGCUUCUUCACCAAAGUAAGUUAAAGUCCUUUGAAACUGAACAUGUUCAACUCAUGCAACAAGAAACAGCUAAGAAUCUUUCACAGUGCCAAAUGGAAUGUGAGAAAUACCAGAGAAAGCUGGAGGUGCUUACAAAGGAAUUUUAUAGUCUUCAAUCUUCUAGUGAAACUCGCAUUAUUGAGCUUCAAACACAGAAUUCUGAGUUUCAAGCAAGACUAGAUACUUACGAAAAACUUGAAAAAGAGCUUGAUGAGAUAAUACUGCAGACAGCAGAAAUGGAAGAUGAAGUUGAAGCUGAAAGGGUUCUUUUCUCCUAUGGCUAUGGUGCUAAUGUUCCUACAACAGCCAAAAGACGACUAAAGCAAAGUGUUCACUUGGCAAGAAGAUUACUGCAGCUAGAAAAGCAAAACUCAUUGCUUGUGAAAGAUCUGGAACAUCAGAAGGAACAAGUAACACAGAUUUCACAAGAGCUUGACAGAGCAAAUUCUUUGUUGAACCAAGCACAACAGCCAUACAAAUACCUCAUUGAAACUGUGCAACAGAGAGAUUCUCAAAUAAGUCUACAGAAAGAACAUAUUACACAACUUGAAAAAGAUUUCAGUCUUUUAAAUAAAGAAAAGACAGCUUUGCUGCGUGUCAAGAAUCAAAUGGCAGCAGAUUUGGAGAGACUUCUAAAUGACCGUGAGGAACUAGCCACAAUGAAGCAGAUUAUUUUUACUCUACGUGGUAAACGCUCUGAACAAAAUCUACCUCGGUCUCAUAUUGAUGUAAAAAGUGCAAUUGGAAAACAGUCAAUCCCUUUGGUAAAACUGCUGCCAGAGCAUGAAGAAGAAAAUAUAUUUACACCUAAGCCAACAUUAUUUACAAAUAAAGAGGUACCUGUGUGGUACAAGAAACUGAAGAAGAAAACAUCAGCAUAGCAUUUUUCAAAAAUUAUUCAAAAUAAUCCUUUGGGGAGCUUUUCUUUAAAGAAAGUUAUUUUCACCAUAGUGAUGAUCAUUUUACUGUAAAAGCAAACAACUAUUUUGGUUUUAAAUGUUUCUUUUUUGACUGUCAUAUAAUCUUAUGCUUCAUAAAAUAAUUUCUAGGUUUCUCAUGUGAAUAAAAUGUGUGAAACUGA